UCUCCGCCGCGCGCCGGGUGCUGUCUGCCCCUCCGGUUACCUGGGCAACGGGGGCGCCUCCUCCGCUCCAGGAGUGAUCGUGUGUCCGCGCCAUUUUCAAACUGCCCGAGUGCCGGGGCCCGGGGCCGGGGCGGAAGGAGCCAUCGAGAGAAGAGAGAUUCUGGAGGGCGAUGUGGCCGCAAGCGGAGGGAGCGGCGGUCGGAGAGGCCUGACUUUAAUUUUUGUAAGUGAAUAAAACUAGCUUUGGAAGACAAGAUGACUACAGCUGCAGAAAGGAAGUAUGUUAAUAUUAGAAAAAGAUUGGAUCAGUUGGGGUACCACCAGACUUUGACAGUGGAAUGCUUACCUUUGGUAGAAAAACUUUUCAGUGACCUAGUUCAUACAACAGAGAGCCUUCGGAAAUCAAAAUUAUCUGCUGUGAAAGCUGAAAAAGAAAGUGCCAAUUUUGAUUUUAUUUUGGAACCUUAUAAACUUGAAAAUGCAAGAUUGAGCAGGGAAAAUAAUGAAUUAUACCUAGAGUUAAUGAGACUGAGAGAACAGUCAGAUCAACAUGUUAAAGAAUUGAAAACUACACUGAAGAAGUGUGGACGUGAAACAGCUGAUCUGAAAUUUUUAAAUAACCAGUAUAUUCAUAAACUUAAACUUCUUGAGAAAGAGAGCAAAGCUAAGGAUGAAAAAAUUCAACAACUUCAAGAAAAGAAUUUGCAAGCAGUAGUACAAACUCCAGGUGGCAAGAAACGAAGUAUUGCUUUCAGGCGUCAGCGUAUGCAAAUUGACGAACCAGUCCCUCCCUCUGAAGUCCAUUCGUAUCCAGUUCCUCAGCCAGAAGACCCUUAUAUUGCAGACCUCCUGCAAGUGGCUGACAACAGGAUUCAGGAACUUCAACAGGAAGUCCACCAGUUACAAGAAAAGUUAACAGUGAUGGAAAGUGGAGUGAGAGAUUAUAACAAGCAGAUUGAGCUAAGAGAACGAGAGAUAGAACGACUGUCAGUUGCUUUGGAUGGUUGUCGCUCCCCUGAUGUCCUCUCUCUAGAGACUAGAAAUAAAACCAACGAGAAGCUUAUUGCUCAUUUAAAUAUCCAGGUCGACUUUCUUCAGCAAACUAAUAAAGACCUGGAGAAGCAUAUACAAGAGCUUAUGAAAACCAAGGAAACAGUGGCUACUGAAGUUGUUGAUUUAAGUAACAAAAAUGAAAAACUCUGCCAAGAAUUAACUGAAAUAGACCAGUUAGCACAGCAGUUGGAAAGACAUAAAGAACAAGUGCUUGAGACUGCCGAUAAAGAACUUGGGGAAGCGAAGAAAGAGAUUAAAAGAAAACUCUCUGAAAUGAGGAAUCUUGAAGAAACAAUGGCAAAACUUCAGCUGGAACUAGACUUAUGCCAUAAAGAAAAGGAGAGACUGAGUGGUGAACUCCUUCUAAAAGCAGAUCUUGAAACUGUUGUUCAUCAGCUUGAACUAGAAAGGCAAAGACUUAACAAAAAAGUUGAGAGUUUUGCGAGUACUGAAAGAGAACUUACUCUGGAAGUUGAGAGGAUGAGGUUAGAACAUGGAAUAAAACGUCGAGACAGGUCACCUUCUCGUUUAGAUACAUUUCUGAAAGGUAUAGAAGAAGAACGAGACUAUUAUAAGAAAGAGCUAGAGAGACUCCAACAUAUAAUACAGAGAAGAUCUUGCUCUCCAAAUUAUUUUGCACGGGAAAAAUAUCCAAUUUUUAAAACACCAGAAAAGGGUGAUUACAAUUCAGAACUUCAUCUGAUCACAAGAGAAAGAGAUGAACUUCAAUGUAUGCUAGAAAGAUUUGAAAAACAUAUGGAAGAAAUACAGGCCAAUGUUAAAUUAUUGACAGCAGAAAGAGAUAAACUAAGUGUCUUAUAUAAUCAAGCUCAGGAAGAAUUAUCUGCACUAAGAAAGGAAUCUGCCCAAAGCACCAUCUCCCAUAAUAUUGUUAGUCUUGUGGAAAAAGAAAAAGAACUUGCAUUAUCUGAUUUAAGAAGAAUUAUGGUAGAAAAGGAGGCUUUAAGAGAAAAGUUAAAAAACCUCCAGGAAAUGAAUCAUUUGGGAAAAUCAGAAUUAGAGAAAACUGUUGAACAUUUGACAAGUGUUAAUCAUCAGCUGGAAAACGAAAAAUGUGAAUUAAAGUCUAAAUUGUUAAUGAUGAAAGAAACAAUAGAGUCAUUAGAGAACAAAUUAAAAUUCCAAGCUCAAAAACUUGGCCAUGCUGCUGGUGACUCAUCUCAUCAGAAAACAGAGAUGAACUCACUUAGGAUGGUAAAUGAGCAGCUACAGCGGUCACUUGAUGAUUAUCAGCACCAACUUUCUGUGAAAAGAGGUGAACUUGAAUCAGCCCAAGCACAAAUCACAAUACUGGAAGGAAAAAUAGAUAAAUUCAACCUUAAGAUGGCUUCACAGGAUGAGGAGGUUAAUGUAAUGAAAAAGACCAUUGGUGUUAUUGAUAAAGAAAAAGACGUUCUUCAGGAGACUGUAGAUGAGAAGACAGAAAGGAUUGCAAGCUUAGAAGAAAGCCUAGCUAAUAAAGAAAAAGCUAUUGCUCAUAUGAAGAUAACAGUCUCAGAAUACGAAUCAUCUAUGAACCAGGUAAAGGAUACUUUGAAUAAUAGAGACCGUGAAAUAAGCAGCCUCCGGCGCCAACUUGAUGCAAUUCACAAAGAACUUGAUGAUGUAGGAAGAUCUAGAGAAAUAGCUUUUAAGGAAAACAGAAGAUUACAGGAUGAUCUGGCUAUGAUGGCAAGAGAAAAUCAGGAAAUCUCAUUGGAAUUGGAAGCAGCAGUACAAGAGAAAGAAGAAAUGAAAAGUAGAGUUCAUAAUUACAUAACUGAAGUGUCACGGUGGGAGAGCUUAAUGGCUGCUAAGGAAAAAGAAAAUGAGGAUUUGUUGGAUAGAUUUCAGAUGAUGCACAGUCGUGCUGAAGACUGGGAGGUCAAAGCCCAUCAAGCUGAGGGAGAAAGCAGCUCAGUACGACUUGAACUUCUUUCCAUUGACACAGAGAGGAGACACCUUCGAGAACGAGUAGAGCUAUUAGAAAAAGAAAUUCAGGAGCACAUAAAUGCACAUCACGCUUACGAAUCUCAGAUCUCGUCAAUGGCAAAGGCUAUGUCUAGAUUAGAAGAAGAACUUAGACGUCAAGAAGAUGAGAAGGCAGGAGUAUUAAAUGAUUUGUCAUCUCUUAGAGAGCUUUGCAUUAAGCUUGAUUCAAGCAAAGAUAUUAUGACUCAACAAUUGAAUUCCAAAAACCUUGAGUUUGAGAGGGUUUCGGCAGAAUUAGAAAAUGUAAAAUCAGAAGCAGACCUGUUAAAAAAACAACUGUCAAGCGAGAGACAUACAAUUAAAAACCUAGAAUCAUUAUUGGCUACAAAUAGAGAUAAAGAAUUUCAUUCUCAUUUAACUUCCCAUGAGAAGGAUACAGAAAUUCAGAUCCUUAAAGAGAAGUUAACCCUUUCAGAAAGUAAACUAGCUAGUCAAAGCCGGGAAAACACCAUACUUCGAACCAAAAUGGCACAAUUACAAACAGAAUUUGAUGUUAUGAAAAGGCAAAUUUCAACUGAAAGAUAUGAACGAGAACGAGCAGUGCAAGAGAUGCGUCGACAUGGUCUUACUACACCGCCCCUUAGUUCUACUCUGAAGUCUCCUUCACAAUCUCCUGAACAUACAAAUGUAUAAUUACCACAAAGAAUAAGUGUUUCUAUGAGUUGGCUAUGCAGAUUUAUAAAAGGACAGAACAGUAAUAGAUAUAUUUGAAGUACUUUGUUCCUGAAAAUCAUGAACAUUGACACAGAUUCUACCUCUGUCAACUUUUCUUAAAAUCAGUGAAUAUUUAUGUUAAAAGUUUGGUUUAAAAGAACUUAACAUCAAUGUGUAUAUUUUCAUAUAUGUGACAGCAUAAAAUAUGUAUUAAUAGUGAGAACUGAUAUUAUAUCUGAAUUUUUAUUUUUCCUGACUUAAAUUACUCCUUGAAGUUUGUUUAAUACUGUGAAUUAAUAUAAUAUAUUGUUCACAUUAUGCUUUAAUAACCUGAGUCAUGAUAUACAUAUGCAAGUAUUUUCACAAUUCUUGUUUUUAAAGUGUUUUUUUAGUUUUCAUGCCUGUGUUUAUUAAACCCUAUCUUUAAUGCAGUCAUGAAGAAUUAUCAACUUGGAUGCUAUGCCAUCAUGCUAAACUUUUUUCCUUCUAAGUGUAAAAGUAAUGAUUCACAGAUUUAAUGUCUGUCAUCAAGAGGAAUAUAUUCAGGUCUAGUCUACAAUAGCAGAAGGCUUGAUAAAAUAAUAAUUACCAUAUAUAAUGUGUUAUGGCCAGUAAGAACAACUGUGAUGGGAAGGAUACAUUUAUGCUACAUUUAUGCAUUGUAUACAAUAUUGUAUUAUUUUGGUUAUCAUAUGGACUCUUCACAUAAUACAUAUUCUGUCAAAAAUCAAACUAAAAGCUAUAUUUAGAGUUUUGCAAAACAAUAGAACUGAAAUUUGGGACUUUUUUUUCAGUAAAUAAAAUUUCUCACUGUAUUAAUUCAAAAUUUCAUAGUAUCAAAGUAUAUGGGGUAAAUAUAAUGAAACAUUUUGUUAAAAUUCCAAUAUACAUUCAGUAAUAUCAGUUUUUUGCUUCUAAACCUAUAUAUUGUAAUUUAUCAGUUCUCCAGAUAGUAUGUAAAUACUGAACUGUGGCAUAGUAACAGAAAACUUUUUAUAAUUAAUUUUCAAAAUUGUCCUUUUAAAAAUUUAGAAAUAUGCAUAUAUUAAUAAAAGAACAGAAGUGCAAAAUAGAAUGUCAUAUACAGAAACUAAUCAUGGUUAAGACAUACACAUAAGAUGAAUUUGCUGUUCUUACUAGAUAUCAUUAUGAUUGAGAAAGAAGAACUUUAAAACUAACAUAGGAAAGUGGAAGAAGAGUCAGACCAAUUACUUUGAUAUGUUUUAUUUCCUCUGGUAAUUUAAUAAAGCAGAGUUUGUGUGUGUGUUUGUGUGUGUGUGUGUGUAUCUGGACAGUGCUUUUUUUCUAAAACUAGUAUCCUUGUAUGUUCUGGUUAUGGCCUUUACAAUAAGUCAGUGUGUAUUUAGAUGUGGUGUGGCUUACUUUUCCACUGUCUUUGUAAUUUUAUGUAUCCCAUCUCCUUUGUGUGAAUUCAUGUAUUAUAGCAAAUUACAAGAGAAAUGGGACUGUUUGCAAAUAGCAUAUGAAAAAUAUUUUAUUAAACAUGUGUAAAUAAAAUAAAAAAUAAAUAUCUGUCCCCACUUUUCCCCCAAAGCAAACAGCAAGACAUUUUGUUAGAUGCUUUUAAUGUUUGCAGUAAUUUAAAAAUGUAUAGCUUGGCAUAUUGUUAUUUUCAUAACCAUGAUAAAAUUUUUUUUGGAGUUUUAUCUUAAAAUACUGAAUGUUCUGACCUUUCAUAGAUGUUUUUAAAUUUUGUUUUAAAUAAUUUUUAAAAUUAUGGAGCUUGACAUAGAU